AGUGGCUCUUCUCAGCAUGCAGCCAACACCAGGACUGAGUUCUUCCACAGCCAGAGGGGCUUCAGUCGCCACAGUAGUCCAUAACCUCUGGGCUGAGCAAAGGGAGGUGUGCGGCCCCCGCUAGCACCUGAAGUAGUUUUUUUUUCUUCAUGCCUGGCGUGAGUCAAGGCUGGGUCAAGACUUGGGGGAGCUGCAGGAGAGAAAAGGACAGUGAUGGGUCCACCUGAAGCCCUGUGGGUGCUGCAGCUGCUGUUCACUGUCAGCUCAUGUAAGGGUUUGUACCCGGGCUCAGAGGAAGGCUGGCAGGUGUACAGCACGGCCUCAGAUCCCGACGGCAGGUGUGUGUGCACGGUGGUCGCUCCGGCACGAAACCUCUGCAAACGAGACCCUCGGAGUCGACAGCUACGUCUGCUGACUGAACAGGUUCAGAAUGUGAGCCAGUCCAUGGAGGUGGUCGACCUGCGGACAUCCAGAGACCUGCAGUAUGUCCGAGACUCUGAGCCACUGCUGAGAGGAGUGGACGGACGUUUACACACUUAUGUGGCCAAUCCGCGCACUCUGACAGCUAAAGGCCUGCAGGAGUUAAAGGGCCAGAUGUCUCAGCUGCGGCCCCUCUUGUCGGUCGUGGAGCAGUACAGACUGGACCUGCAGACUCUGGCCACCUUGCGACUGGAGCUGCUCAACCUGUCAAUCAUCCUGACAGCCAUCCAGGAGGAGAUCGGAGCGUACGAUUACGAGGAGCUUCAGCAGAGGGUGUUACUGCUGGAGACCAGGCUGCACAGCUGCAUGAACAAACUGGGUUGUGGUCGUCUGACUGCAGUUAGCAACCCAAUCACCGUGAGAGCCUCGGGGUCCCGUUUUGGCUCCUGGAUGACGGACGCCAUGAUUCCCAGCUCUGACAGCAGGGUGUGGUCGAUGGAUGGCUACUAUAAAGGCAGGCGGGUGCUGGAGUACAGGACCAUGGGGGACUUCACGAAAGGCCAGAACUUUGUGCAGCACCUGCUACCCCACCCCUGGGCAGGGACCGGCCACGUGGUCUACAACGGGUCUCUGUAUUACAACAAGCACCAGAGCAACAUCUUGGUUCAGUACCAUUUUCGCUCUCGCAGUGUGAUGCUGCAGCGCAGUCUGAGUGGAGCGGGCUACAACAACACCUUCCCCUACAGCUGGGGAGGAUCCUCUGACAUCGACCUCAUGGCCGACGAGACGGGACUGUGGGCCGUCUACACCUCCAUCCCAAAUGCUGGAAACAUCAUGGUGAGUCGUCUGGACCCUCGUUCACUGGAAGUCCUGCAGAGCUGGGACACAGGGUUUCCGAAGCGCAGCGCAGGAGAGGCCUUCAUGAUCUGCGGCACCCUGUACGUCACCAACUCCCACCUGGCCGGGGCCAAGGUCCACUUCGCCUACCACACCAACUCCUCCUCGUACGAGUACACCGACAUCCCCUUCCACAACCAGUACUCCCACAUCAGCAUGAUGGACUACAACCCCAGAGAGAGGGCGCUGUACACCUGGAACAACGGCCACCAGGUCCUCUACAACGUCACGCUGUUUCACGUCAUCCAGAGUGACGGAUAGACGGACGCGUAGGAAAAGGUAAAACAUGCAAAGAUAGCAGGAACAAAGAAGAUGGGUUUUUAAAGGACACUGCAACUUACAACACAUGUACACAUGCAAACACACACACACACACACACACACACACACACACAAUGGCCAUUCACGUCAACAAGAAAAUGAGUACUGUCUGUGUUUGAAUUUGAAUGACUUUUCGACUGCGAGAGCUCACUGAGCUAAUAACUAGACACAAUACACGGUUGUCGAACACCAGCCUAAAGGUCACCGACAAGAGUAUUCAUCACAGCCGAGACGAAAAUUAACUGCCACCGUGGCGCUGAUAGAAAGAAGGAAGUCAGACAUUUUGAGCUCAUCCAUAUUCCGUUACGUUUCAUUCCACUCGUAUAUCAAGAAGUGACUUUGGAAGCCGAGGAUGAAUUUUCAAAAAAAAAAAAAAAAAGGAAAAAAAAGAAAACGCAGCUUGUGAACUGAAUUUCACCUCGCGUCAAACCUCGAGCUGCGACGACGACCCUGAUGGAGGUGUUCUGGGUUUGUGAUGUGAUCGUGGACGUGUUCAGUCAGCAUGGUUGUUCAUUCAAUAAACUUGAUUGUCAAACUUU